AUGGGUUUUACUCAGCAUUGUCAUCCACUUCGUCUCAUAGAUUUGCAACCAAAUUUUCCACAUUAUGCGGAAAACUAUGAUAGUAGUGAUGAUGACGAUGAUGGUGAUCAAAAUUUAAGUACACCAAAAAAAUUCCGAUGUCGUCGAUGUAGUCUAUGCAGCAAAGAGAUCAAUUGGUUUAACAGAUAUUACUAUGAAUGUACUCAUUCAUGUGACUAUUCACUCCAUAAGUUUUGUGGAGACCUUCCUCUAACAUUAAAACACAAAUCGCACCCCUUUCAUACUCUUACCCUCACGUAUUCAUUUUGGUGUUAUUGCAAUAGACUCAUCAAAAACUAUAAAGAUUCCGAUCAUCCAAAUCUCCUCCAUCUCCCUUUUCCCGAUGAAAGUUACAACAUGCUGAAACACCUAUUUUUCAAAGAAAUAGGCUAUGGAACGUCGUUAACAACAAGUGAGAGUAACUUACGCAAUUUCCAUCAACACCCCCUUAUUCUAGUCCAUACAUCAGAGUGCAAUGAUAUCUCAAAGCCAUCCUCCUCAAGAACCAAUAAUGUUGUAUCUUGUCAUAACCCAAUGAAGAAAAUUGAACUGUUAUGCAAUGGUUGUGUCAGACCGAUCACUAGUAUGCCAUAUUACAAGUGUGCCAAUGAUAAUGAGAACUGCGACUUUGUUCUUCAUGAGUGGUGCACUCGAUUUCCUAUAGAAUUGAAAAAUUAUCCGAAUCACCCACAUACACUCAAAUUCCAUCCAAAAGUCCCUAAUAAUUCUUUCUCCAUUUUUAAUUGUGAUGUUUGUGGCUUGUGGGGUAAUGGAUUUGCCUACAGUUGUUUACGGUGUAACUAUCAUAUCGAUGUUAAAUGUGGGUUCAUUCCUGAAAAAAUAACUCACGAAGCUCAUCCGAAUCAUGUCCUCUCAAGGGUUCAGAAAAAAAAUCACUACCCAAACAAUUGUCGCCUAUGUUUGAAAGGAAGUUAUUGGGAUCCAUUUUCAUUCCUUUGUCACACUUGUAACGUAUUUAUACACGUUAAUUGUGCUCUUUUAUUGCCACGUGAAAUCAGGCACAAGUGUGACAAGCACCCCCUAAGCUUGAGUUACUUCCCGGUUGAAAAUUAUAAGGGUGAAUACUAUUGUGAAGUUUGUGAGGAGGAAUUCGAUCCUCAACGAUGUUUCUACCAUUGUUAUAAGUGUGACCAAUCAAUUCAUGCAUCUUGUGCACCAAUAAUAUCUGAGUUUGAAAGAGCUAGAUAUGAAGGAAUUUAUCGGUUUAUAAAUAUAAAAUUUGGAGGCAUUCACAAAAUUAAAGGUCACCCACACCCUCUCUUGUUUGCACAGGGAAUCAAGAGUGAUGGUCGAUGCGCCGAGUGUGGUUAUAGGUUGGAAUAUGAAAUAAUCCUCAGGUGUCCACAGUGCAACUUUGCAAUUAAUGUAAACUGUUGCCUUAAAUUUAUUGGAAGCACUCCAUUUUAUUUUCUCCACCAUAUAUAG